CUGAGGUCGUUGCCAUAGCGAUCGUACACUUUGUCAACAAUUUACCUUCAUCAGCUAGCUAGCUACUUUGUUAAAAAAUAAUAAUAAUAAAACUAGCACAUUACCGAACGUGUGUUUAGCAUAGAAGCGGGCUUUCUUGAGAUAAUGGAAGCUAAACCUCGCGUUUUAGGAACAACAUCCAAGAUGAUUCCUCUUGCCCUGCCUAAAGGAACAGACAAGUUAUGUGAACUUUGUCAAAGAGAAGCGCGCCUGCAAUGCACCGAGUGUCGGGUCACCUAUUACUGUGAUGAAGAGCACCAGCAGGCAGACUGGGUCGGGAUCCAUGAGAGAAUCUGUCAGUUGCUUGCUCCCAUUCGCACCCCGACACUCUAUAGUCUCCAGUGGGCUGGCCGCAUUGAAACGCAGCUUAAAAAGGCGGAGCUUAUUGAAAUUUGCAGGUUGGUGGCUCAGAGCAAGCUGUCUGAGGGGAAACACCAGGAGGCUCUGCCUGCCGCCCAGUUCUGUCUGCACUGUUCCAUAGACCUCCAUGGCCCCAGUACUGUCCAAAUGGUCCCUGCCUACCUGCUGCUGGCUGAGGCUAACAUGGGUUUGGGUAAUUUAGCUCGGGUGGCAGAGCUCCUGUCCCAGGCAGAGUGGGCGGUGUUGAAGAGCCCAGAAUGUGGUCACGCAGUCCGCCACCGGCUGCACAGGAGCCUGGGCCGCCUCCACACAGCGACUGGAAACCUGGAAGCAGCCCUGCUUAACUUUGCAGAUGAUAUAUACUUUGCCAGUGAGGAGUAUGGUCUGGAUAGCACAGUUACCUGUGGUGGCUACUUUCUGAUGGCUGAUGUGUUUACCAAGCAGGGCAAGAUGCCCAUUGCUCGUUCCUUGUACUCUCAGGUGGCACAUACUUGGCACUGCCAUCUGACCAAACUCCUCAAGACCCACGUCCAAAAUGUCCAAAAUCCUGACAUGUUGUUGGAGUCCUCUUAUGAUAAAGCCCAGCUAGUUGAAGUGGACGAGAUGUUAAAAACCAUGUUGGAGUUUGAGCAGAAUGACUUCAGAAAAGACUCAACUCAGGUUGCACUGGUGGCCCACUGCCUGGCAAUGCUGUGGUUCCUGGGAGGAGACUCCCUAAAGGCACUGGGAUUUGGCAGCACUGCCCUGCAGGCCAGCCAGCUGAUACCAAACCAUGACCUGACAGAGCCCAUCCAGGGCCUGCUGCAGCUGGUGCAGAAUCUGCAAACAGAAUCACAUCCUGUCUAGUCACCAUACCUGCCCUGCCGAUUCCUUUGCUUAGAGAUCUGCUCCAUCAAGACAUCUGUUUAGCGCUACACUGAUUCACCCUUGUAAAUGUAGAAACUGCUGAAUAGGUAACAAAU